AUGGGAGAUAAUUUUACUCUUUGCUUCCGUAACCUAUCAUACAAUACAACACGCCAAACAUUAGAGGAUAAGGUAUCCCCCAUAACCAAAGUCAUAGAUAUCCGUGUUAAAAAUAGAAAUGGUAAGAAAGGAUAUGCUUUCGUAGAAGUUGAAAAUGAAGAAGCAGGAAAGAAGGUAAUCGACGAACUUAAUAACAAAGAACUUGACGGACAAACAAUUUCAGUUGAAGUUGCAACAUCAAAGCCACAUAGUUCAGAUCGCAGAGAUCGCCGCGACCGUAGAGACCGUCGCCGCUAUCGCCGUGAUGAUAGAAGAUCAAGAGACCGCCGUGAUCGUAGCCCACCAAGAAGAAGUAGACAUCGCGAUUAUUCCUACUCAGAUGAUGAUUAUGAUUAUGAUUAUCGCCGCCGCAGCUAUCGCUCACGUCGUAGUUCUCGCUAUGAUUACAGUGAUUCCGAUGACUAUUCAAGGCGCCGCCGCGAUUCACCUCCAAGAAGGGACAGAAGGUCUGACAGGGACUCCCGUAGAGGCGAUUAUUCAGCGAGCGAUUAA